AUGAAUAUCUAAACAUUCGAAGAAGGAGAAGAUUAGUUCUCCUUGGGAAGCAAUAAAGAUCUGGAGCAAGAUUUUGUGUAAUUAAUUGACUUUAACAACCGGAAGCUGGGUACUGUAAAAGCUAACGUUUGGUAAAAUUUAAAAGCUUUUAAUACCAUACAAACAAAAUGCAAAACUUCUGUUUCAUUUGGUCCCAUAUCCUAUAAAUCUCUCUACAUCUCUACCAAAUGAUCACCUGAACAACUCCUACUAUCCACAAACAAAAAAAAAAACAACUUCCACCACCACAACAAGCUACUUCCAUCUGUAUAAACAAAAAACCACAACACUCCCAAUUCCAAUAUCUUGAUUUUUGGUAUUUUCGGUUUCUGUGCUCUUGGUUUGAUAUUGGUUAUAUUCUGUAGUUUAAUUUGCACCUAUUCUUACAAAUUUGCUAUUGUUUUUUAUUAUAUACAUAUUUAUAUAUAGUAAAUGUUUAACAAAUUGUAAAUACCAAAGGUUUUGGGCAUUUUCAAAGUAAUACAUACAUUUAUCCAACAAAAUGUCGGAUAUUUUUAAUAGUUUUGAUAGUAACGGUGCAGGUGGUGACGAUUCUCAGGACAUAAUAAUGGCAUCACCCUCCCAAAGUAGCCCUAUGGCAAAUAAUUCCAAUUCAAACUCGACUGGUGUGCUGGGUGCGUCGUCGCAGACAGCAUCUAACAAUGCCACAUCAGCCGCCUCAGGCAGCAGUUCCACAAAUACAAAUACAAAAGCCUCUUCAGGAGCCGAAAGUCAACCGAUAUUGACCAAACCCCGCCUUUUGGAAUUGGUGAGAGAAGUUGAUACCACAGCCCAACUAGAUGAAGAUGUGGAGGAAUUGUUACUGCAAAUCGCUGAUGACUUUGUUGAAGAUGCUGUUAAGGCCACUUGUGCCUUUGCUAAACAUCGUAAAGUUUCCAAAGUCGAGGUACGUGAUGUCCAGCUACAUUUGGAGCGUAAAUGGAAUAUGUGGAUUCCGGGCUUCGGCACCGAUGAACUGAGACCUUACAAGCGUGCAGCCAUCACGGAGGCCCACAAGCAGCGUUUGGCUUUGAUAAGGAAAACUAUUAAGAAAUAUUGAAUUGUUUUCACAGCCACUGCCUCAAUGUUCAAGGAUUGAUAGAAUGUAUUUUUUUAGUUUCUAAGUAAUUAGGAUUAGUAAUAAUAAAAAUAUUCGUAAACUAUAA